AUCUUUCUCUUCUUUUUCUUCCGCAGAUUUUGGCGAGAACAUAGAUUCCAUCAACAACGACAGAAGUAUGGAAGGAAGUACUAUAGAAUCACCCAGACUAGUAGAAGCACCGAUCUCUGCCUCGAUGAACCAAUCAGAAGAGAGCGCCCCGCCCAGUUUGAUCCGUUCCUCAGACACACCCGAAGAAUCAAUGCAAGUAGAAGGAGGAACGAGCUCGGUCAAGUCAAGAUUUGAAAGCGGAGACUUCCAAAAUUCCACCCCUGCCAGCAUAGCCACCAAGUCCAUCAAUAUAUACGACGCGCCUGCGGAGAAGGGCGUUGCAGAGAACACUCCCGUGCGGAAGGAGGACAUUUUCCAUGCGGACGAAGCGCAGGAGGAGGUGAAGACCUCAUCGGACGGGAUCGGGAAGUUCAAGAGUAUGUUUGAGGUGGGUGGAGUGACAAAUCUAGAGGCCAAGACCAGUCGCGACCCUGUCAACGUCGGAUCCCUCGCCGAGUAUGAAAACACCACCGAGGGUCACGUAGCGGAGAGCACGCCGGUCAUCAGAGACGAUGUCAUCAGGAGCUCGGAUACAUCGGAGGACCCUGGCAUUAAGAGAGGCCUCUCGAAAUCACUCAGGAAUCGCUUCGAGACGGAGAGGAUUUCAAACAUUGAGGAGAAGCCAAGGGAAAAGAUCGAGAUCAGUAGGCCGGAAGAAAGGAGGGUUUAUCAGCCUCCGCAGAAGCCGAAGCGUGAGGAUGUCGUCAAUGCAGAGUCUACGGCUGAGGAUCCUGGGAUCAAGUCAGGACAAGCAAGGUCGCUCCGAAGUCUCUUCGAAAAGGGCAACGUCAGCAACGUGCCGGAGAAACCUCGAGCUGCUUUAGAUCGUAGUCCUCGCUCUCUUGAAGACUACAAGAUAGAGGAUCAGGUCUCUGAGAGCACACCAACGAGAAAAGAGGACGUGGUCAGCUCGUCGACGACGUUGGACGAGCCGAUGAAGUCCGCGGAGAGCACGCGGUCGCUGAAAAAGAGAUGGGAGACCGGACAGGUCGAGAGGGUCCCGGAGAAGCCAAAGCCGUCACUAGAGAGGACGCCGCAGUCAUUAGAUAGUUACAGUAUGACGAUGGUGAUUUCGGAGAACACACCUGAAGAAAGAACUGAUAUUGUCAAGUCAUCGGCAAGCAGCGAUGACUAUCUGACGUCGAAAGGUGGCAGUGCAAGCUCCCUGAAGGCAAAAUGGGAGUCGGGCGAAGUUCAUAACGCUGACGUGACAACCGAGAAGGCGGAGAGUAAACCGAAGCGUUUCUCUGCGUACUAUGAUGGGGAUGAACAAACGAAUGGUGUGGUGGAACACGAGAAUGGAAUCAUGGAAGAGAGAGAGGAGGAGCAGGAAGAGGAGGAAGAAGAUAGCAGCGUUGAUGCUUCAUGGGAAAUCAAGGCAGCAAGGGCAGCAGCCAUGGCCGAUAUAGAAGAUGAGUGACCAAUCAGAAGCUUCCAUUUUUCAAAUUAACCAAUCACCAUGCUUCAUGAACUCAUAUAUAAUACAAAACAAAAAGCAAAAUGCUGAAAGUAUAACAGUGCUAUUGAUAUUAAUAAUAAUUAUUAUAAUUAAUGAUAAAUGUACAUUUUAUAUAUUAAUGGAAUAUUUUUCACAAAGUUUAAACAUUUGUUUAGCAUGUUUGAUGCAAAAUUGCUUGUAUACACCUAAAUCCUGAAUAAUUAGAUUGCUCAAAUGAUAUUAGCUUUUGUAUAUUGAAUAUUAUUAUACAGACAAUAAGAUAGGUUAUAGUGGGCUUUCAUUGUGGGAGGUUGAUUUGUAUAACAUUUUUUACCCAGUUACUCAAACAUUUGAUAAAUACAACAAAUCAUUCUUAUGUGUAGCCUAUUAAGCUAUGUUGGUAUUUUUUCUAAGUUUUGUGUCUCGUCUUAUAAAGAGUAGUGAUUGAUC